AUGCCCAACCUACAGAAUCUGAAAAGGAAAUUUAUAAUCAGGUGAAUGUAGUGUUAAAGGAUGCAGAAGGAAUUCUGGAAGACUUGCAGUCAUAUAGAGGAGCUGGCCAUGAAAUACGAGAGGCAAUACAGCAUCCCAAUGAUGAGAAGCUGCAAGAGAAGGCAUGGGGUGCAGUUGUUCCACUAGUAGGCAAACUAAAGAAAUUCUAUGAAUUUUCUCAAAGACUAGAGGCAGGAUUGCGAGGUCUGUUGGGAGCCCUGACGAGCACUCCAUAUUCACCAACGCAACACCUGGAGCGAGAGCAGGCUCUUGCUAAGCAGUUUGCAGAAAUUCUUCACUUUACACUCCGGUUUGAUGAGCUCAAGAUGACGAAUCCUGCUAUACAGAAUGACUUCAGCUACUAUAGAAGAACUCUGAGCCGUAUGAGGAUUAACAAUGUCCCAGCAGAGGGAGAAAAUGAAGUAAAUAAUGAGUUGGCAAACAGAAUGUCUUUAUUUUACGCUGAAGCAACGCCAAUGUUGAAAACCUUAAGUGAUGCUACAACAAAGUUUGUGUCAGAGAAUAAAAAUUUACCGAUAGAGAAUACUACAGAUUGCUUAAGCACCAUGGCUAGUGUGUGCAGGGUCAUGCUGGAAACGCCUGAAUAUAGAAGCAGGUUUACAAAUGAGGAAACAGUAUCAUUCUGUCUGAGGGUAAUGGUGGGUGUCAUCAUACUCUAUGACCACGUGCAUCCGGUGGGCGCUUUUGCCAAAACUUCAAAAAUUGAUAUGAAAGGAUGCAUCAAAGUUCUUAAAGACCAGCCUCCUAACAGUGUAGAAGGCCUUCUAAAUGCUCUCAGGUACACAACAAAGCAUUUGAAUGAUGAGACUACCUCCAAGCAAAUUAAAUCCAUGUUGCAAUAACAAUUACCUGGAAUUCGCACCUGCUGUAGACAGACAGUAUUCUGCAAUGACUGAGAUGCACAGAUUUUAUUUUUUUUUAGUGAUUGCAACUACUAUCUCGUUCGUUCUUGCUUUUUAUUUUCUCUCUUCCUGUUUACCCUUUUUUUACAUCACUUUGUUGUUCUUAAGUAAGCUCAGACUUCUUUUCUGUGCCAAAUCAAUGAAAAUUAUCAGUUCUGGAAAGUAUUUCAACUUUUCAGAAUAGCCAUCCUAAGUGGCAGCUAAUUAUGCGUUGCAUUUGGAUUUCUCUGUACUGGGGAGAGAUUUGUGACUUGAACUAAAUAUUUUUAAACUUGUGGUUUUUUUCUUUUUUUGAAAAACUAAUAUUUAAUAUUGCUUCUUCUGCAUGGCAAGACUGCCUACUUCUGCUAUUUAAAAAUCCCUUGAUGACUUCAUUUUCUAUUGCAGCUUAUUUUCAUGUGCAACCAUGAGGAAACUAAAAGCAGAUUUGUUUAAAUUAACUGUGUUUGUACAAAAUGGUACCCAACACAAAGGUUUUUUUAAAUGAGUAAAAACUGUUUUGUUUAAAAGUUACGUUUGCAUUUUGACUCAUUUUUGUAAGGAUGUAUGUUGUAUGUUUAACGUUUAAUAACUAACCUUAAACUGUGGUGUGUGCGUAGCAAAAUUGCGUAUGCAUGUUCAUGUCAAAUGAUUGGCUGUGGAUAAGAUAAUAAAAUCAGCUUUCAUUUUUCUAAG